UAAUUACAGAGCUAACACUUCGAAGCACACUUGACUCUACUGGGAUAGUGUACCAGCUGUGCUAGGAUGACACAAUCUGUUGUGGUACAGGUUGGUCAGUGUGGUAAUCAAGUUGGCUCUCGGUUUUGGGACCUCGCUUUAAGGGAACAUGCAAGUGUAAAUAAAAAAGGAAUCUAUGAUGAAGCUUUAAGUAGUUUCUUCAGGAAUGUUGAUACCAGGAGAAGUGAUGAGGACAAUAAUGAUAUUUCUGGAGGAAAAAUAAGAUCCCUAAAAGCCAGGGCUGUUCUGAUUGACAUGGAGGAAGGUGUGGUUAAUGAAAUACUUCAAGGACCUCUGAGAGAUGUUUUUGACAGUAAGCAACUCAUUACCGAUGUAUCAGGCUCAGGCAACAACUGGGCAGUAGGGCACAAAGUGUAUGGCUCCACAUACAGAGAUGAGAUUGUGGAGAAUCUGAGGAAGGCUGCAGAGCACUGUGACUGUCUGCAGUGUUUCUUUGUUAUUCACUCCAUGGGCGGAGGCACUGGCUCUGGUUUAGGUACUUCUGUUCUGAACGUGCUUGAAGAUGAGUUCCCCGAGGUUUGCAGGAUAGUCACUUCAGUUUACCCCUCUGCUGAGGACGAUGUCAUCACCUCCCCCUAUAACAGUGUUCUUGCCAUGCGGGAGUUAACAGAGCAUGCAGACUGUGUACUACCAAUAGAAAACCAAUCCUUAGUUGAUAUCGUCAACAAAAUUAAGCACAUGUCCCAUUCUGGAAAGCUGGGAGCUGAAAUCAAACAGAGCAGCACUAUAAUCUCUGGUCAGGGUGGAAUCAAAGGCCAGGAGAAACCAUUUGAUGCAAUGAACAACAUAGUGGCAAACAUGUUACUCAAUUUAACCAGUUCUGCCAGGUUUGAGGGCUCCCUCAAUAUGGAUCUCAAUGAGAUUACUAUGAAUCUUGUUCCAUUUCCAAGACUUCACUAUCUGGUUUCCAGUUUAUCUCCACUCUACACACUGGCAGAUGUUAAUGUUCCUUCAAGGAGGUUGGAUCAGAUGUUUUCUGAUGCUUUUAGUAAAGAUCACCAGCUGAUUCAUGCUGACCCAAAGCACAACCUUUACCUGGCCUGCGCUCUGAUAGUGAGAGGGGAUGUUCAAGUUUCUGAUCUCAGAAGGAACAUUGAAAGGUUGAAACCUUCUCUGCCAUUUGUGUCCUGGAACCAGGAAGGCUGGAAGACUGGCCUGUGUUCUGUGCCUCCAGUUGGACAUUCCCAUUCCCUGCUAGCUUUGGCAAACAAUACCUGUGUCAAGUCUACUUUCAUAGAACUGAAAGACAGAUUCAUGAAACUCUACAAGAAAAAGGCCCACCUUCACCAUUACUUGCAUGUAGAUGGGAUGGAGCAGAGCUGUUUCACAGAAGCAGUCUCAUCCUUGUCCUCUCUCAUUGAGGAAUACAAUCAAUUGGAUGCAACAAAGGGUUUACUGAUGACAGAUGCACAAAGACUUAAUAUCGCUGUGUAAGGUAUCUUCUGCAAAAUAUGUUUUUAGUAUUUCAAAUGUUAUUUUUCUAUAAAAUAAUUGUUUCUAAUGACACUGACAAUGACUUUCAGAGAAAUGUAAAACGUCAGCUGACAAUCUGACCAUGAAAUUGUGUGUAAAUAAAGAUAUAUUUAUGUUUAAAAAGAA